AGAGGGGAUCGUGUGGUAUACUGAGAAAUCAAGUCAAUUCCAGGCACCUGGGAUCCUUUGACUUCCCCAGGGACCCAGGAGAAGGCGAGGCAGAGCCCGGGUGUUCAGACUGGAGCGAGGAGGGCAAUAGGGGUGUAGGGAAGAUGGAUUUCGCGCUACUACAACCAUGGAGUAGUGGAGGAUCUGGGUUUGAUGACACUCUGCCAUCCUGGCUGGAUUCCGGGCACAAGCAAGCGGUCCGCUCAGACCAGGGCUCAGCCUCAGACCCGGAAAGGUCGGUCCAGGUGCCAGCUUCUCAGCGAGCCUUUCAUUGGCUUUCUUCCUGCCCUCCUCCUCUCCGCUGACCUCUGCCCCCUCGGUCGAGCUGUCUGAUUGGCUGCCACACGUCCCCCUGGCGCCUCAUUGGCUCUUCUCCCUCACCCUCCAUCCCUGUUCCUGCACUAGUCUCCAUCUCCCAGCAGAAGGCGCAGCCAUGAAUCCGUUAUUCGGCCCCAAUCUCUUCCUCCUCCAGCAGGAGCAGCAGGGCCUGGCCGGGCCGCUGGGGGACCCCCUGGGAGGUGACCACUUGGCCGGAGGCGGGGACUUGCCUCCGGCGCCGCUAGCCCCGGCCGGCCCGGCUCCCUAUUCGCCCCCCGGGCCGGGCCCGGCGCCCCCCGCCGCCAUGGCGCUCCGCAACGACUUGGGCUCCAACAUCAACGUGCUCAAGACCCUGAACCUCCGCUUCCGCUGCUUCCUGGCCAAGGUGCACGAGUUGGAGCGCCGCAACCGGCUGCUGGAGAAGCAGCUGCAGCAGGCGCUGGAGGAGGGUAAGCAGGGCCGGCGGGGCCUGGCUCGCCGCGACCAGGCCGUGCAGACCGGUUUCAUCAGCCCCGUCCGGCCCCUGGGGCUGCCCCUGGGCUCCCGGCCGGCCGCAGUCUGCACCCCGUCGGCGCGGGUGCUGGGGUCGCCCGCGCGCUCUCCGGCCGGCCCCCUCGCGCCCUCCGCGGCCUGCCACCCAGCGCCCUCCACCUCCGCCUCCACCGCCUACUCCUCGUCGGCCCGCUUCAUGCCCGGCACCAUCUGGUCCUUCUCUCACGCCCGCCGGCUCGGGCCGGGACUGGAGCCCACGCUGGUGCAAGGGCCUGGCCUGUCGUGGGUGCACCCCGACGGGGUGGGCGUCCAGAUCGACACCAUCACCCCCGAGAUCCGCGCGCUCUACAACGUGCUGGCCAAAGUGAAGCGGGAGCGGGACGAGUACAAGCGGAGGUGGGAAGAGGAGUACGCGGUGCGGCUGCAGCUGCAGGAGCGCGUGGACGAGCUCCAGGAGGAAGCCCAGGAGGCCGACGCCUGCCAGGAGGAGCUGGCCAUGAAGGUGGAGCAGCUGAAGGCCGAGCUGGUGGUCUUCAAGGGGCUCAUGAGCAACAACCUGUCAGAGCUGGACACAAAGAUCCAGGAGAAGGCCAUGAAGGUGGACAUGGACAUCUGCCGCCGCAUCGACAUCACCGCCAAGCUCUGCGAUGUGGCUCAGCAGCGGAACUGCGAGGACAUGAUCAAGAUGUUCCAGAAGAAGCUGGUCCCGUCCAUGGGGGGGCGGAAGCGGGAGCGCAAGGCUGCCGUCGAGGAGGACACCUCCCUGUCAGAGAGUGACGGGCCCCGCCACCCCGACGGGGAUGAGGAGGAGAGCGCGGCCCUGAGCAUCAACGAGGAGAUGCAGCGCAUGCUGAACCAGCUGAGGGAGUAUGAUUUUGAGGACGACUGUGACAGCCUGACUUGGGAGGAGACGGAGGAGACCCUGCUGCUGUGGGAGGAUUUCUCGGGCUAUGCCCUGGCCGCCGCAGAGGCCCCGGGAGAGCAGCCGGAAGACAGUUUGGAGAAGGUGAUUAAAGACACCGAGUCCCUGUUCAAAACCCGGGAGAAAGAAUAUCAGGAAACCAUUGACCAGAUAGAGCUGGAGUUGGCCACGGCCAAGAACGACAUGAACCGGCACCUGCACGAGUACAUGGAGAUGUGCAGCAUGAAGCGGGGCCUGGACGUGCAGAUGGAGACCUGCCGCCGGCUUAUCACCCAGUCUGGGGACCGAAAGUCUCCUGCUUUCACUGCGGUCCCGCUUAGCGACCCGCCGCCACCGCCAAGCGAGGCUGAGGACUCCGAUCGCGAUGUCUCAUCUGACAGCUCCAUGAGAUAGGGACCUCGCGCAGCGGGGCCCUGCUGGGACUCACCGAGCCUGGCCCCUGGGACCGGGCGCUCCCCCGGCUUCCUCCCCUGGUCCUCGGCCUCUCUAGGGUCCUGGGGUGCCUGGAGUGAGGCUCAGCCCGCCCUUCCCGGGCGACUCCCUGCACAGCCGGCUGUCCUCCUUCAUGCGUGGGUGUCCGCUACUUUCCCAUCUUUAAAAUGCUGCCAGAGUGCUCGCGACCCUCACCCCGUCCUCUGAGUAAGGAGUGUGAUUGUCGGCUCUUCCUUCCACCCCGGUGGUCUUGAGCCAGCGGACCGUCCUGAUUCUGUUCUGGUGCUCACUGGCCCAGGUGCUGGUACGGCCUGAGCAGCGGGAGAGGGCGUCCCUCUGUGUCGCAGGGGCAGGGAACAGGACUGGGCGGCUCUCUGCCCAUGGACAGUGGAGUGACGCGGCCAUGACCCUUCCCUCGUGGAAGUGCCACGCGUCUAGGCGGCCUCUGGGGCCGAUGGGGUGCAGUAGCAUGAGGGGACAGGAGCUCCUGCAGUCUCCCAGUCACUGCCGAGGGACGGAGAAAGGUGCACGUGAGCGUGUGUGGGCGCAUGUGUGCUCCUGUGCUCAGGGGUCUGUUUCUUCAAGCAUCAGCCGAAGAUGCGCCUCCUCCUCCUCCUCCUCCUCGUCUGACACACGCCGAGUGAGAAGGUGGCCCAGACUCAGAAAAGCUUGGAGAAAAAUGGGGAGACGUGACUGAGGGUACCUCGGCCUUGCUGGCUGAGGCAGGCUGUGCUGAACUGACGUUUGAGUGGAAUCUAAUCCUAAUGAAACUGGCGAGUAUUUAUUGAACGCUUUGGUGUCACUGUUUCCAGCAACUUUUCGGUGGUGGCUCUGGUCCCUGUUGUGUGGUGUGCACUGGUGAUCAUUGCACAGACACACAGGGUUACAAGCAACUUGCCCAAAGUAAUGGCACCUCAAGUAGCAGAACCAGGGCCUCCAUCCAGGUUGUCAGUGCUGUCUCUGCUUCUUCCCACUAAGCCUGUGCGCAUUCGCAGGUGACAGAAGACAUGGAAAUAAAACCACCCCAACCUUUCCCUUGGGCUAACCUACUGUAACUUCUCUGAACAAUCUCUGAGCUGGCACUGGCACAGCUGUACCACAGAUGGCAAUCUCUUGGGCACUGAGGCUCACAGCUGUGACAGGGCAGAGCUGGAAUCCACUCCUGGCAGUCAGGCCGUAGCCAAAUGGACUUCCUGUGCCAGUGCCCCCCUCCAGGGAGCUGCAGACAGAAUGGUGUCUUGGGUGCAAGCAGCCAGGCCAUUCCUGGGUUCAGCCACGGCAGUCUGGAGCUGUAGCACCCAGAGGCCUCACUAAGGCAACACGAGGACAGGUGGCUCUUCAGAGGAGCCCAGGGUGGAGUUUCCUCAGCAAGCUCUAGUUCUCCUUGGCCCCAGCCCGGCUUCCCUCCUCUUUAUCCCAGGCUCUAGAGUGAGAACGACAGGAGGCUGGGUACAGUGUACUUUAUUGAUGGUACAUGACGAGGCAGGUCUCCCUAAGCCCCUCCCCUUCUUCCGGGGGUCUGGGAUGGAAACUGGAAGUCAGGAGAUGCUCGGUGUGUUGGGGGAUCGAGUUGGGGCUGUGACUCCCCAGCAGCUGAGG